UACAAUAAUUAGUACGAGCACUUGUUCAAGUAUGCGUUAUAAAUUGUAGAACAUCCAAGAAGUAAACCACAGUGAAAUAAUCUGUAGAUUUGAAAACAACAUCUUUGUGACGAACAAAAAAAACUGGAUCCAACAUGAGCUCACACAUCAAUAACCCUUUUGCGGAAUUUAGCAAACGAGAAGGCACGACCGACAAAGGUAAAGACUACGAACAUCUUUACGUAGCAUAUGUACUUUUGAAUUUAGUUAUGGAUGAAAGUGUAGAAUAUUUUUACGUAUCAUCCAAUGACGAAAAUUAUGGAGUUUUUGAUGACGUAGUGAUUCACGUAAAAUACGUCGGCAAAGAAGCUCAAACGUUGGCAGUGCAACUGAAACAUUCGAACGAGAAAAAAAAUAAAAAAAACGCCAUAAACGUUGCAGAUUUGUCUAGUCCUAACCGGAAAGACUUUAACAUGUAUAAAUAUCGUGAAAACUACAUCGAGACCGCUAAAAAAAUCGGUCAUUUUAAGGCGAUUUUAUUGACUACCCGUUCUUUAAAUGUAAACGUAAAACAGCUGGACAUCGACAAAGAAACAGUAACUGUUCAAGCUGAAAUGAAGCAAGACGACUUUAUAAAUAAAUUGCUAAAUACUUCAGCUCAAUCAAACAAUUAUUCGUACGUCUGUACACCGACAAAUCCAUCCUCCGACUUCUUCAAAAACUUUCAUUUAUACACUAACCAAGCCAACGUUAGUGCUCUUGAAGCGAUAACACUAAAAUUGUUUCAAGACAGUUUUGACGCCCAAGAAUCUGCGUUUAACGAGUUUAAGAACGUGAUAAUUAGAUGGAGUAUGAUUGAGGGGCCCAAAAACACGUUAGACAAGACAUUUGUGAAACAUAUUGCCCUUACUGUUUUGUCGCCUUAUAUGAAGACAAUGCCAUUGUCCGACAAUAAUUCAGUUAACAAUAAUGGACAAGCAUUUAAAGAGGCCGUUUCCGGGUUUAAAAUAACAAUAGUAAGCCAAGAUUGUGGUAAAAAAGUUGCAGAUCUCUGGACUAAACCUGCAAAAGAUAAACUUAACGACAAAGGAUUUAAAUAUCUGAGUACUCUUGUGAGCCCUUUAGAUGACACAGCAGAAAUCAAUGAUGCACACAAAAACAAAAUCUUCUGGCUUAUGGGUAAAUCUCCUUUACUUGUAGACGAAUGCGCAGAAGUUUAUAAAGUGGCAAGUUUAUUGGAAAUCAAGAAUAUUGUGGUUUUGCGUUCUGCAAGAACAGAAGAUUCAAAAAGGGCUAUGCCGAAGGGUGUCCUGCUUGAAAAACUGUCUGACUUAGCAGAGAAAACAACACUAUAUAAUAGAAUUUUGGACACGUUUACGUACUCACUAGAAGGUCAAGCAGAGACUACUUUAAGGAAAUUGGUAAAUGUCGAUAGCGAGAUAACCGACUUGAUUACUACAGACAGACUCGUCGAAAUGAUCAAUGGUCCGACACAAAUUGGGAAAGAAGCAGAUGAAUUACCAUCUUGCCACAUUUCCAGGACUUUAGCGAAAGUUACCGUCAGCACUGCCUUUCUACAAAACGUUGAAGACAAUUUAAUUAUAAUUCACGACGUAAAGGACAAGGAAAAAUUUAUCAAAAAACUGAAAAAUGUUAACAAAGGCGACAAUGGAGAAAUAACUUUUGGUAACAAUACUUCCAAGACUAAUGUAAUGGAUAUCGUGGACUCAGAACCGGACUACGAGGAGUUUGAGAAAUAUGCUCGUACCACAACCAAAGCGAACUGUCAUCAGUUUAGAUAUCUCGAAAUUGAUCAAAAUGAAUCAUGUUUGGAGUGGAUAAGAAGUCAAAAACAUGUGAGUGAACUCUCCAGUUUCAGAGUAGAUCAUCUGUAUGAAUAUUCUAAACAUGAAUCAAAAUUAUUUGGUAAAAUCGAAAACGAUAUAAACGUGGUGUGUGCUAACGCAGGAAUGGGUAAAAGCACACUGGCAACAAGCUUAAAAAUCGGCAGUUGUUCGUCAGUAUUGACCCUUAUAAUAAAUGCCAGACAACAUGCUCCCCGCUAUUCAAAAAUGGAAGAAAAUAUCGAACAGUUUCUAAUGGCCACGGUGUCCGGUUCGUACAAGGAUUCGUCGGAAGAAAAGAUUUUCCGAAAAUUUAUCCAGAAGAAGAAGAUGCGCAUCAUUUGGGAUGGCCUAGACGAAGUAUCGGAUGCAAAUUUCGCAGCAAUUUUGAAAGUUAUAGAAAAAAUCGCUAAGAGUGGGUUCAAACAGUGGCUUACGUCCAGGAAAAACCUGAAAGAUGAACUAGAAGAAAAACUGAAAACGUUCUCCAUCGAAAUAGAAGCGUUCAACGAAGAACAACAGCGGGAAUAUAUACAGGAGAGGUUGAGUUUUUCGGACGAAGAAGCGGCAAUAGCAUUCGAACAAGUUAAACUUUGUGUACCUUUUUUAGACAACAACCUGUUAGGAGUUCCCUUGCAGAUAUUCCUUCUGACGGAGUUCCUGCUUUCGAAACCAGACGUAAAGUCGUUUCUUAAUCAAAACAAUGAAAUAAUCACGAUCGUAAAGUUAUACGAUACUUUUGUUGACCAAAAGUAUAAAAUCUAUUAUACUGAAAAACGUAAUAUAGAUUUAGACAUAGACGAAAAUAGGAAAAUAUACGGCACUGAAAAGCAGUCUAGAAUUGAUAGUUACGCAAAAGCAGCAUUUGAUUUCUACAUCGAUCAAAAACCUGAAAACGUUUGUAGUAUAAUUUUCUGCUCUUCUCGCAGUAAAGAUACUCAAUUUUUAGAGCAGAUUAAGAACGAUAGGGAUCCUGUAGGUCUGAUAAAUAAGGUGAACAGUGAUCUUGAACCGGAAUUUAUUCACAACUCAUACGGUGAAUAUUUUGCAGCCGUCUAUCUCUAUAAGAAUGACCCUAGAAGAAGUCGUGAUCAGAAUUUUAUUUGCAAAGAGAAAUACAAUAAUAUCAGGCUUUUCCUAGAUUUGUUGUUAUUCGAGAAAAAAGGUAGUUGUUUAGCAAUACUUUAUAAAAGUUAUAAACUUUUGCCACAGUGUGGUUCUACGACCGCUCAAAAUCUUUCUGAAGAAUUACGGUUGUCGUGUGCUUGGAGCAAAAAAUAUCCACUUUUAAAGUCAUUGAGUAUUUCACAAGACAACAUUACCGAAUCAACAGAUACCGGAGAUACCUUAAAUUACCAAAAGAUUCUAAACCGUUUCAAAACUAUCCAAGGUUCAUUGCACAUUUGUGUAAAAAACUUAAUGCUUCUAUUACCCUUUCUGAUACCAAUGUAUAAUAGUAGCGGGCAUUCUUUUUACAAAGAACACUUGGUUACAAUUCUGUUUUAUGUAAUAAAAUUCGAUUACGCGUUCAUCUUUGCUUGCAAUGAAAAUAUCGAUUGGUUAAAAAAUAUUCAUAAAAGUAUCGAUUCAAAAGCUCUCGUAUCCUUAAUAAUAAAAUACCGUUCGUUUAAUUGUUUGGAACAACUUGUGAAAAAGAAGAAAUACGCAGAUGCACUAUUAAGUAACGUGAUUUCACAUAAAAAAAAAACGAACAAGGAAGACUUAAAAGCCCAUUACUAUUUGUUUUCGCGUCUAAAUAAUGCUGCGGAAUCUGUUGGGUCUGUACAUGCGAUAUUUAAAGACAAAACACCCGAGGAGAUUCAGAAUUUGCUUGACGUUAUCAAAGUAGACGGUAAAGAUGCUCUUGGUCGAAUGCCAGUGCAUUACGCGUGCGAAGUGGGAGAUAUUAGAAGACUUAGGGCGUUGGUUUCUAAAAGUGCAGAUCUAAAUGCUUCAGAUAAUGAAAAAAAGAGACCUAUCCACUAUGCUUGUCAAAUUGAUAAUUAUAAUAUUAUUAAGCUGCUGGUUGAAAAAAAAGUUAAAUUAAAUGUUCAAGACUCUCUAGGUCGUACGCCUCUACAUUAUACUUGUAAUACAGGAAAUUUUAAAAUUGCUGAAUUUUUAGUAAACCAAGGUCCGGAUGUCAAUGUUCGGGAUAAUGAAGGCAAAACACCAUUACACAUUGCGUGUCAGAAAGGGCAUAGGUAUAUUGUAGAAUUACUGUUAAGUAAAAAAAGUGACAGAGAUAUUGUAGAUGCUAAUGGCAAGAAACCAUUAGACUGUGUGCCCCAUCUUGACAAUCCCUAUAUUUCGGCUAUAAAAAAAAUGUUAAGUGAAUAAGUUUUGUGGUGUUUAGUUUUUUCAAAUUACAUGAACAUAUACAUAUUCCUUACCAGAUAGUUUCUUUAUUUUUAUGUAUUUGUUUACAGCUGUA